CAAUCAAAACAAUAAUAUCCAUUUUGAGAUGAGGGAAAAUAAAGCGCCUAUAAGAUAGACAAAUAAGCUUGAGAGCUGUAGCAGCUCCGUGCACCAGGAAGCGAUGGCCGGUGGCUGCUCCUAUAGCCCGCGGCGAAGACGGAGGCCAGGCCACAAGGCUUUUGCUGGAUGGCUUCGAGCACGGGCCGUUGGUAGAGAUGGAGGAGUGUUUGAUCACUCCACGGCGAGUCGGCGACGAUGUUUUGCUUUGCCAUCUGCCGUAUCCAUCCAUCCGUCCGUCGCGUCGCCGCGCAGGCAGAGAAGUGAACACACACGGCACCUGCCCCGUAAAAACCACCCCGCGCCGCGCAACGCAUCGGCACGAGGCUGCCUCCGGCUCCGCUCCGCUCCCCCUCCCACUCCCCCACCUAACCCCUCCCACCUACCUAACAAACCAGACGUCCAGACCAGACCAGAGCUGGCGGUGUGAGAAAAAAAAGCAGCCACCACGACCCGGGAAGGGAACACGGCCACACGGGGCGGGGGGGACCAAACCGCCGGGCCAAUCCAAUCCAAUCCACGCGCCCGUCUCCAUGGACGCCGCAGCUUUGCUCGACGCCUUCUCCGCCGCGCCGCGCCACCAGCUCCGCCCGGCAGCCUGGUGCAGAUCCACGCGCUUCGCGUCCCAGGCGUGCCGCGCCACCGCCCCAUUCGCCCGCGCCGACUGGCAGGCCGCCUGCGCCAUCCUCGCCAGCAACAGCACGGGCGGCGCCGGCCACGAUGCCAGCAGCAACAACAACGCGCAGCCAGCGCCGCGGGUCAACGGCCAGAAGCCCCCGCCAGCCCUGGAGGCGACGCCGACGCCGGACGAGCUGGAUCUGGUGCCCGUGUCCAACCUCCCCCGCCCGCUCAGCAUCAGCGACCUGUCCCCGGCGCCCAUGCACGGGUCGCAGCUCCGCGUGGCGUACCAGGGCGUCCCGGGCGCCUACAGCGAGGCGGCCGCCGCCAAGGCCUACCCAGGCUGCGACGCCAUCCCCUGCGACCAGUUCGAGGUGGCCUUUCAGGCCGUCGAGCUCUGGAUCGCCGACCGCGCCGUGCUCCCCGUGGAGAACUCCCUCGGCGGCAGCAUCCACCGCAACUACGACCUCCUCCUCCGGCACCGCCUCCACAUCGUCGGGGAGGUCCAGCUCCCCGUCCACCACUGCCUCCUCGCGCUCCCCGGGGUGCGACGGGAGCUGCUCACCCGGGUCAUCUCCCACCCGCAGGCGCUGGCGCAGUGCGAGCUGACGCUCAACGCCAUGGGCCUCAACGUGGCCCGCGAGGCCUUCGACGACACCGCGGGCGCCGCCGAGCACAUCGCCGCGGGGGGCCUCCGGGACACCGCCGCCAUCGCGUCCGCGCGCGCCGCCGAGCUCUACGGCCUCCAGGUCCUCGCCGCCGGCAUCCAGGACGACGCCGGCAACGUCACCCGCUUCGUCAUGCUGGCGCGGGAGCCCAUCAUCCCGCGCACCGACCGGCCGUUCAAGACCAGCAUCGUGUUCGCGCACGACACCGACGGCACCUCCGUCCUCUUCAAGGUGCUCUCCGCCUUCGCCUUCCGCGACAUCUCCCUCACCAAGAUCGAGAGCCGCCCGCACCGCCACCGCCCCAUCCGCCUCGUCGACGACGCCAACGUCGGCACCGCCAAGCACUUCGAGUACAUGUUCUACAUCGACUUCCAGGCGUCCAUGGCCGACGUCCGCGCGCAGAACGCGCUCGCGGAGAUCCAGGAGUUCACCUCCUUCCUCAGGGUGCUCGGGAGCUACCCCAUGGACAUGACGCCGUGGGACGCCGCGCUCUCCUCUCGCGCCAGCCAGUACUAGUGAUUGGGCGUAGAGCCAAUUCAUUGCUUUUUAAUCAGUCAGUCAUCACAAGAAACGUUGCUUUGGUUCUUUUUAUACACUUCUCUCUCCUGCAUGCUUUUUCUUUGCUUCGAAUUCGGUGACCAAACUCGCAGAAGGGGCUCCUGUUUAAUACGUAUGGUAAGUACAGUGUAUUCUUUCUUCUUUACAAACCUACUCUCUACCUUGCAGCAACAAUCAAGUGAACCAAUCCAAACCAUCACUUCUAUUUUUUUGCAACAAACAAGCAUUGCUGCCUGAAUCUGUAUGAGCAGCACCCAAAAAUGAUCCAUGGCCAUGGAAGGAGCUUGGUGUUUC